AUGUCGGACGAAUUUCCUCUGCGCUUCGAGGAUUACGAGCUCAUGGGAGAGUGCGGGAAAGGGUUCUCGGCCACCGUCUUCCGCGGCAUCUGCAAGCCGCUCAAUGUCGAGGUUGCGGUCAAGCGAUUCGAUCUCGAGAACAAAGAAAUCAACCUCGAGCACAUUAUGUCCGAGGCCAAGACCAUGAAGAGCGCCAAGCACCCGAACAUCCUGAGACUGUACGCCUCGUUUUCUCACGAGAAGUACUUGUACAUGAUCGAGCCAUACAUCGCUGGAGGAUCGGUGCUGAACGUGAUGAAAUACGCGUACUCGAAUGGAUUGGAGGAGCCACAAAUCGCAUCCAUCAUGCGCGAUGUCCUUCAAGGUCUGAAGUACAUGCAUGGCAACAACAUGAUCCAUCGUGACGUCAAGGCAGGGAACGUCCUCCUCGACACGGUGGAAGGGAACGUGAAGCUCGCAGAUUUCGGGGUUGCUGCGACACUCGAGAGGCAGGGGUCCUGGGGUCACGAUUAUGGCGGGCGGAACACGCUGGUCGGAACGCCGUGCUGGAUGGCGCCUGAGGUGCUCCAGGCUGAUCAGGGCAUUAUCGAUGCAUACAAGCCGCAAGCAGACAUCUGGUCGUUCGGCAUCACGCUGUUCGAGGUCGCGCAUGGCCACGCGCCCUUCCAGAAGCUGUCACCACUACAGGUGAUGAUGCGCAUUUUGAACGACAGCACGUGCAUCGAUCUCGAGGCUGGGGACAACACCUCGAACGACAAGCCGAAGAACUUCUCCAAGCUCUUCAAGGAGGUCGUCUUCUUGUGCCUGCAGAGGGAUCCGGCGAAGCGUCCAUCUGCGGAGAAGCUGCUGAAACACCCGUUCUUCCGAAAUGCAAAGCCGUCAGGACAGACGAUCAAGAAGCUUCUGGAAAACGUUCCGUCGCUCACUGACCGGGUCCAGGAAAUGCUCAGUCGCGAUGACGGGAAGGCGUUCGCUACGAAUCAAGGGAGGGCGAUGCGGUCCGGCACAAACUAUCUUGCUGGCGUCAGUACGUGGAACUUCGACCUUGCCGCCAUCAAAGCUCAAGCUGCCGAACUCGAUCUCGACGCAAUUAUCGAGGGGGAUGACGAAGCUGAAGAGACGGCCAAUCUCGCCCCGCCCGACCAAUCCCUGCCGCCGGACACUCCCACGCUCUCGACUGCCGUCUCUGCUGCUGUGGCACCUGGCACAUCCCCGGAUGCGACGGUCAGCAUCGGUCAACGCAUCAACAGCGAGGGACUGGCCGCGCAAGGCAGCGAGAGUGUUGCUCGCGACCACCCCAGUGAGCAUGGAGCCGAUAGUGCUAGCACGGUAGGGCACAGGGCUGCCCACAGCCAGUCAGUGCCGGACCUCGCGGAAGGCGUCCAGCACCUGCCUCGGGUGCCCUCACAGCCCGUGGCGAUCCAAACUGCGGGCAGCGCGCGCACCGACGCAGUGGCGCACACGGACGCUGCGGAUCCUCGCCAGGCAGCAGCGAGCGGUGCUGGAGAUCAGGAGGAUGCCCCUGCAACCGGGGCAUCGCCGGCACCCAGUCCUGGCACCGGGCGGCCACCGAGGCCAGGAGAGAAACGAGACCGCAAAAAGGCCGGGCGUUUCACAGUUGUGCAGCAGCUGGACGAAGUUCCGAACUCGCCCGAGAUGUCGCAAGGCGCGGCGUACAUGGAACAUGCCCUGCGCUCUCGCGCGCCCUCCUCGCGCAGCCUUGCCGACGUCGCGAGACACGGCACCGACGGCCGGCAUGCGCACGAUGCAGAGGACGCGGAACACACCGCGCACGAGGCCCAGCCCCCGUCGCCGGGGAUGGACGGCCGCGAUCAGAGCGUGGAGAGGGCGCACGAGGGCGGCUUGCCACCGCGACCUCGCGACGGCUCCGGGACCGCAACGCCACACAGCGGGAGAGCGGGGGGACACGGUACCUCUCGUUGGACGGAUGGGCUGGACGACGAAGGGCUCGUUGGGGCUGACGGCCGCGAGCACGGCCGCGAAACUCCCCCGCCUCGUGACGUCGACCGGGCGCCGUCCGGAGGAGCGCGAGGCGGCGCGGCGCCCCCGCAGAAGCGCGGCCGUGGCAGGUUCAAGCUGCUUCCGGACGACAACCCGCAGCCGGGUCGGGACAGGGGCGGGAGUAUCAACAGGUCGAUGUCCGCCGCUGUAUUGGCGCGAAACGGUUCGGCUGUCCCACAGGAUGGUUCGGCAAGUGGAAUGUCGCAAAGCAGCACACCCCAUGCUGCACACAGGGUCGACAUGGCUUCCUACCAAGCUGGUGUGCGCGACGCAUGCAAUCGCUUCCAGCCGCUGCUCCAGGAUCUCCUGGCCAAGGUUGAAGAAAUCACCUCGGUGGCCAAGCUCUUCGAAAGCCAGCUCGCGGAGGCACAAACGUCAGGGCGUUUGCCCGGUCACUGGACAGACACGGGCACGGGCACGGGCACUUCGAAUCGACCACACUCGUUUGCAAGUGGAAACGCCAGCAACGACGACUCGCGACCCCCGAGCCCGGGCCACAUACCCCACGCUGGGCAGGAAGCCCAGCAUGCAGCAGCCAUGGCGCACUUGAAGCACCACCAACACAGGUGA